AUGGUACUAGAUCGCCUAAAGCAGCUUACUCUCCAAGUGGGCGGGACCUCUUCCCCUCCACAUCCCUUUGACCCUCUCACAACUUCGGAAAUAGAUGCCACUGCUGCGAUUAUUCGCGAAAAGCACGGCUCUGUGAGAUUCAAUGGCAUUACUCUGUGGGAGCCGCGAAAGGCGGAAAUGAUGGCCUGGCUAGCAGAUCCGAAAAACUCUCCAAGGCCCCAUCGAGUUGCAGAUGUUGUCGCCAUUGCUCCUGGGGGUAAGAUUUAUGAUGGAGUUAUUGACUUGACGAUGAAGAGAAUUGUAGAAUGGAAACAUACCCCAGGCGUGCAGCCGCUCAUUACGAUGGAAGAUUUGCAGGCAGUGGAAGACUUAAUGAGGAAAGAUCCCGAAAUAAUUAAGCAGUGCGAGAUUGUUGGGAUUGCAAAGGAAGAUAUGCACAAGGUCUACUGUGACUCCUGGACAAUUGGAUACGAUGAGCGUUUUGGGAACGGCAUCCGCUUACAACAAGCACUGAUGUAUUACCGCCCAAAUAUUGAUGACUGUCAAUAUAGCUUUCCGUUAGACUUCUGUCCAAUUUUUUGCUCAGAGACCAAGAAGUUUAUCCAUAUUGAUGUUCCACCAGUUCGCAGACCAAUCAGUCGGUCUCCUCCAAACAAUUAUCAUGUCGACGCCAUUGAAAAGGAUGGAGGCUAUCGAAAAGAUAUUACUCCAAUCAAUAUCACACAGCCUGAGGGCGUGUCUUUUAACGUCAAUGGCCGGAUUAUUGACUGGCAGAAUUGGAGCAUUCAUGUUGGUUUUAAUUACCGCGAAGGCAUUGUCUUGAACAAUAUUACAUAUAAUGACAAGGGAACCGUCCGCCCGAUCUUUUAUCGACUUUCGCUCGCUGAGAUGGUGGUUCCUUACGGCAAUCCGGAACAUCCUCACCAACGCAAACAUGCUUUUGAUUUGGGAGAAUAUGGUGGGGGGUAUAUGACAAACAGCCUGACCCUGGGGUGUGAUUGCAAAGGUGCUAUCCACUAUAUGGAUGCUUCCUUUGUCAAUGCAGCUGGAGCAAGUACUGUUAUCAAAAACGCCAUUUGCAUUCAUGAGGAAGACGCCGGCAUCCUUUUUAAACACACAGACUUCCGUGAUGAUUCCGUUAUCGUAACUCGUGGCCGAAAAUUGAUAAUCUCGCACAUAUUUACUGCGGCAAACUACGAGUACUGUGUCUACUGGAUAUUCCACCAGGAUGGUACUGUACAAUUGGAUAUCAAAUUAACUGGCAUCCUCAACACCUUUGCAAUGAACCCCGGUGAAGAUACAUAUGGGUGGGGAACCGAAGUUUACCCUGGUGUUAAUGCGCACAACCACCAGCACCUUUUCUGUCUUCGUAUCGACCCUAACAUUGAUGGCCCAAACAACACAGUCUUUCAAGUCGAUGCUGCUCGUGGCUCUGGGGCAGUAGGCAGUCAAGAAAACAAGCAUGGAAAUGCCUUCUAUGCGAAGAAAACUAAAUUUAGUACCCCAAAGGAAGCCAUGUCAGACUAUGAAGGGUCGACAAGCCGUACAUGGGAGAUAGCAAACACGAACAAGCUGAAUCGUUACAGCAAAAAGCCAGUCAGUUAUAAAUUAGUUAGCAGAGAAGUCCCAGAGUUACUACCCAAAGAGGGCGGGUUGGUUUGGAAACGCGCUGGAUUUGCAAGACAUGCCGUACAUGUAACAAAAUAUGCCGACAACCAAAUAGAACCUGCAGGCAGACAUGUUCCCCAGACUUCGGGUGAGCCGUCGCAAGGCUUGCCCAUGUGGAUCGAUGAGACCAAGGAUGAAUCGAUCGACAAUACUGAUAUAGUUUUGUGGCAUACUUUUGGAAUCACCCACUUCCCAGCUCCUGAAGACUUCCCUAUAAUGCCAGCCGAGCCUAUGACCUUGCUACUUCGCCCUAGAAAUUUCUUUGAUAGGAAUCCAGUGUUAGAUGUACCUCCUAGUUAUGCUAGAACUCCAAGUCAGGUACUCAAGGGUAUCAACGGAUGUGGAGGAAAGUGUAGCGAUGGGUCGAGCAAGGCAGUUUAG